UGUAAAGCGCGUUAGCGAAACGAGCGGCAUUGUAAAAAAAUACUAUUUUCAUUUGAUUACGUUAUUUACUUUCACAAAUAACUUGAUAAUUCCUUCGAUAUGAGCAACUCUUAUUGAUUUACGUACAAAAGUUCGAAUAUACACAGUUGGAUUAAUAUUUUGUAACAAAAACUUUGCGCGGUUUUUGUGGGUAACCAAACAUGGUUAUAGAAAAGUUGCAUGGUUUGCAAGCUACAGGCAUCAGUUUAAAUGACCGUUUCACGAUGUUUGCGGCCACUGCCCCUAUCGCUCGAGUGCCCAGGCAACGGAGGCGGUCUACCGGGCUGUUCUCCUUUGGUCAACAGAUAAACAACCGAGAUAUCAUCGACCAAAUUGCUCAACGAUUAGGACAGCAGUCCAAGAGGGAUGCAGUUAGACAGCGGCUAGGUAUCCCUGCGCUCAGACGUUAUGGUAGUGCAAGUAGUUUGCCAGGGCUCCGUAGGUCAAACAGUUUCAGCAACCUGAGUGAGCGGAGUGUGCAGAGCAGGACAUCUUGGAGGCAAAACAAUGGCAACUUGAUUAGGUCAGCGUCGUUCAGCAGCCUGUCGGCGGGCGUGUGGCGCGGACGCGGCUUCCGGCGCCGCGGCGGACGCAUGGGACUCAUGCGAGGCAGAAUGAGAGCCCGUGGUGGUAGACAGCAGAUGGUGGGCAGGAUGCGUGGGCGGGGACGUGAGCAGGCGCGUGGGCAGCAACGAAUGCUCCGUGGGCAGAUUGGGCAAAACGGGCGGGGACGGGCGCGCGGGCAAAAUAUGCGCGGGGCAGCGCGCGGCCGAGGACGAGGGGUUGGAAGAGGUGGCGGCAUCACCAGACAGCAGAAUCCAGUUCCUACAAAGGAAGAGUUGGACCUGCAGCUAGACCAGUACAUGGCCAGCACCAAGCACGCGCUGGACAAAGAGCUGGAUACCUAUAUGAAGAAUGCAAUGGAGAUGGAAUAGCCCACAGAGUUGUGUUUAGUGCUUAGUGACUGCUUCUUGGUGCAUACGGCGCAUACAAGGUUUUUGCAGUAAUGUACAGUUCACAACAGGAAACGUAUAACAAAACAUUGAGAUUUCACGUACACUGGUAGGGGUCAAAUCUAGGUAAUAUUUAGGGUGCGGUCACACUCUGUUGUGACGAGAAAUAGUCGUGCAGUUUAAAGUGUUGUGGCUUGUAUAUUUGAAUGAAGGUGUUCACAUAUGAAACCGAUACUCAAUUAACCAGUAUAGUAUAUGUGAACUUCACAUAAUAUAGGAUGGUACGACUAAUCGUUGUCCACAACUUACUUUGCUGUGACAACA